AUGGCAUCAGCCUCAUGUCCUCCUUCAACGCUCGACUCCCUCCCAUUCGAUGUCUUUUAUCAGAUCGCCACGUUGCUGGACGACCGCGACUGCAUUCAUCUGAGCCGCACCAACCGCGCCAUCCAUGAAUUAAUGCAAAGUGACCUGAUUGCCCGCAAAACUGUCGAGAGUGUCCUUGCCCACAGCAAGGAGGGCCGCGCCGCUGUGGCGGCCCAGUCCGGCUACCGCAAGGCUGUCGGGCACCGCUUCGAUAUCCAUGAAGCGAUCGCCACGGCAUCCCCAUAUGCAGCCGCGAUGCUGGCAUAUGCGGUUGACUUUGUGUACCACCAAGGCAUUCUCUGCUAUCGCGUUGGGCAUGAAAUGCGUUUGCUCAAUGUGCAUCGUGGGGCUUGCCAGGAGCAGGUACUAAAUCUAUACGAGGUCAUUCCUCGGCUGGACACUGGCUUGCAGGAGUCACUUGUUCCCGACCCCGCGGACAGGGUUCAACUUCUCCAUUACAGUAAUGGAAUUGUCGUGUUCCGGCUCGAGGGUAUCGAUGGCCAAGUUGACAAGGUGGUUGCCAUUGACAUGGCUCCCCAGCAGACUCGCCGUAAGCGAUUACUCCUGCAAAGGCCUAUUCCAUCAGAUGUCCCAGUAAUUGUGCGACACAGUCGCUCAUAUCUGUGGUAUGCCAUCUUUAUGGAGACGCUCGGUUCUCAGGGAACCUGGCUAUGUUGCGGAGUAGAUCUGGCCACCGGUGAAACGAUCCAGUUUCAUCUAGAUCAUGCCGCAGGCGGGGAACUUGGCCAGACUCUCUGCUUCGAUAUUCACCAGGACCAUUUCUAUGCAAUUUCCACACAAGUCAGCUCGGAGGAAGAUGAGCGAUUUUCUUCAUUCUACCACUGGGCUUGUUAUGCGCCCCGGCAAAAGGCCCGGAAAUGGAGUGGCCGUCUCUGGCGUCGCGAGCAUCGCGAAGGACCUAUCAACGAAAUGUGGACGGAUCUUUCUAUCCGUAAAGACGAAACCACCGGGCGCCCAAUGAUUAUUGAAAGUCUGAAAAUCACCGAACAACUUAUAUUGAACCCCUAUCCACACCUGCAGAAUUACAAGCCGAACACCCCGAAGGGGACAUCAAAACCCCCGACUUGGAGUGACGACUCUGAGGACGAAGAUUCCGGACCAAGCAAAGACCCGGUCAUCGGUCAGACAUACGAUCAUCGCCCUGAGAAACGUCUUCGACGAAACUACCACCCCGAACACGAACUCGGUGACGAUCCAAACGAGCGGCAGGAAUUCAUUCACGCAUACACUAAACAUCACUCCUACGACCUCGCCAGCUCCACAUUCGUCGACCUAGUCAACGAUCCCACUCCCCAUUCAGACGGUGUCCGCGUACGAGAUCGUCUCCGCCUCCGAACAGUCUCGCGCAAGCGGAAAUGCCCCAUCGACGAAGAGGGCAUCGCCGGCGAAGACGGUCUUCUCUUCCUACCCACUCAAAUCGAUACCAACGGCCUCCCCGUUAAAAAUUCAGAGGAACGAUUCGUCUCCCGUGGCGUGCACAUGUGGCCAUCAGAAGACGCCCCGGCUGAACUACACCACCUCCUCUGUCCAGACAAGCGCUCCGGCACAGUGAACACCAUCGCAGACGAACGAUCCCUCAUAUACUCCAUCUCUUGUCCAGGCUUACCAGCCGGUCACAAAGCACUUAUCCUUAUCAGUUUCGAUCCCACGCUUCACAUUCCCACACUCACGCCGCUGCGCUCAUUGCAGACUCCGGGUUCGUUGGGAAAUGCCUUCCCGGUGGCUGUGCCUACGCCAAAGGCUUCUAGUGGAGGUCUGAUCAGACAGUCUGAUCCGCUUUAUCAAGCUAUUAACCGGGGGUAUUGGCUGCGAUGA